UCUAACAAAUUUCCGUCGCCAUAGAAAUUGCAGUCUCGAUUAUCGCAUCCUUAUUGAAGAACAUUGCCGAUUGUGAAAUGCGAGCUUUAGACAAUGAGAGAUGAAGAAACCUCGCAACGUUGAUCCGACGAAACCCAAUCACAAAUCCUCCAGAAAUAGGGCUCACAAACUUGAUUGCGACAGAAAAACCGCCAAGAGAAGCUUCUACGACCUCUCCAUCCCUCUCUUCUUCUCCUUCUGGUGUGGCAUUGUCUUAUUGCAUGCUAAAUUUGGCAUCACUCGCGGAAAUGAAGGUGAUUUGCUUGCGUGUGGGGGGAUGUGUCUCGAUGAGAAGUUGCGUAACAAUAGUGUUCAUGUUUCAGAAACUGGAUAUGAGAAUGGAGUGGUGAUGGAGCAAGAUGUGUCUGUGAUUGUUGAGGAUUUCCCGGUUCAUCCAAAUGUGGAAGAUUUGAUCAGUGGGGCUAGUGAGCUAGAAGAGCUCUUGUCCAUUGUGCUUGGUUAUGAUUCCUUCACCUGUCAACUCGAACCACACCAAGAGGUCGGGAAAAUCGAGCCAGCAGAAGCACAGAAUGGGAGGAUUCACUUGACCUACCCGAAUUUCGAUGAGUUCAAGUACAUCUCCUCCAAAGGAAAGAUUGGUUCUCCUCGCCAGCUUGUCAACAUCACCCACCGCCUUGAGCCCGAUGGGACGCCCUACAACUACGCCUCAGCUAUAAAGGGGGCGAAAGUGGUUUCUCAUAACAAGGAGGCGAAGGGAGCCAGCAACAUACUGGAUAAGGACGACGACAAGUAUCUGAGGAACCCCUGCUCGGUCGGGGGAAAGUAUUUCAUCAUUGAGCUUGCUGACGAGACUCUGGUUGAUGCUGUAAAUAUAGCAAAUUUUGAGCACCACUCAUCCAAUUUCAAGGAUAUAGAGCUGUAUGGGAGCUUGGAUUACCCGACUGAGGAGUGGGACACAUUGGGGUCGUUCGCUGCUGCAAACUCUAAGCAUGUUCAGUGUUUCAAGCUGCCGGUGCCAAAAUGGGUUCGGUAUUUGAAAGUGAACUUGUUGAGUCAUUAUGGCUCUGAUUUCUACUGCACACUGAGUGUGGUGGAGGUUUUUGGAGUUGAUGCUAUUGAACAGAUGCUUGAGGAUUUUAUCAUUCCCGACUCUUCUGCUAAUGGAGUGUCGAAUCGCAAUUUGACUGCACUGCCUUCGGCAGUACCAGAACAGAGCUCCAACGCCUCUGCAACCGGUUAUGUUGCUCAUCCGGUUGUGGAGCCUGAUGAGGGGCAGCAUCUCAUUGUUGAUAUUCCGAAGAAACCGGUUUCUGGAAGUGGCCCGGCUGAUCUUCUGCACAAGGCUAGGCAGCUCCCUCAUAGCAGAGUGCAUGCGGAUGCUGCCCUUAAGGUCCUGUUGCAGAAGGUCAGAUCACUCGAGUCGAACCUGUCGGUGCUGGAGGACUACAUCAAUGAACUUAACAGGAGAAGGGUGGAUUAUCUGCCUGAGCUCGACAAGAAGCUAAAUAAGUUCUCUGCUCUUCUGGAGAAGACAAAACUGGAGAUGAAAGGCCUCUUGGAGUGGAAGGAGAUUAUGGAAAAAGGAAUCCUCGAGCUGGAGUCGUGGAGAACCCUCGUCUCUAUACAGAUGGAAAUCUUGGUCGAUCAAAACAACAUGCUGAGAUUGGAGGUUGAGAAGGUGGUGCAAGAUCAAGUGAGUUUGGAGAGCAAAGGGCUAGUCAUUUUGACAGUGGGCUUGUGCUUCGCGCUCAAGAUGAUUCUUGAGAGGCUAACGAAGCAGUUCGGCGCUCCAGCGGCUGGCCAGUCGAAUGGAGGUUGGAUUUUAGUUGUCAUGUUCUGUAGUAUGACUAUGCUUAUUCCUCUAUUCUACGGUUAGUUUCCUCAUUGUUGAUCUCUCCAUUUCUUUAUUCUUUUGAGUAAUGGCCUUAAUAUAUAAUCAUGGAUUGCAUUUGAGUUUCUGCUCAUGUAAUGUGUAAUGUUGAAUUUGGGAUU